AUGAUUCAUACCGAUGGUAUGAAUAUUGUCACAACAAAGUUAAAAAAAUUUUAUGUUGUGACAGGUACAGUUAUUGAGAUACCUCCCCCGCUUCGUGAAUAUUCAAAGAAUAAACUUCUUUUUUCUUUAUAUUUAUCUGAGAAUGAACCAACAGCAAAAUUAUUGUUUAGUCGCUUAGUAGCUGAAUUAAAACAAAUUAUUAAUAGAAAUUAUUUUACCGUUGCAAACAAUAAAUUUCAAUUGAGAUUUCAAGCACUGAAAGCUGAUUUACGGUGUAGAGCAUUAUGUUUAUAUUUAAAGCAGCAUAACGGAUGUGAGUAAAAUGUAUUUUUCAAAGAAACCCUAUUAUUUUUUUUACGAUAGAUUAUGCGUGCAGCAACUGUUUUCAACGUGCAAAAGUGUUAGGAGAUCGGAAUAAUAUUGUUUAUUAUCGAUAUGAACAAAAUCAGCAACACCGUACUCAUCGUCAGUUCAUGGCUGCGUCUCAUCAAGCUCAACUCAAUAACGGUCAAUAGUCAAUAGAAGGUAUACAUGGUAAAACACCACUUUUGGAAUUAUCGUUCAAUAUACAAUCUAAUUUUCUAUUCGAUUACAUGCAUUUGUGUUGCAGGUGACACACAUACGGUUGCUGUUUAUGCUGAAUAAUUAAUUUUUGUUUAGUGGACACAUGUCAUUUUUGCUGAAUCAGUGGAUUGAUAAAUUCAGUACUCCUCAAAUGUCAACAUUUAUUGAAGAGGUAAUAAUACCGAACAAUACUUCGUUAACAAUUCGCUCAAGUGGUGGAAAUCAAAAGAAUACUAUUUUUUGCUAUUAUACGGUGCAUUUCCGAUGAUUCUUCUUCAUGGUUCCGACGAAAUAUAUAAUUCAUCGUUAUAUAUAACCCCCCCCCCCACCCCAAAAAAAAACCGCGCGCCCGGGCAAAAUCAGGGGAGCGGGA